AUGUCUUUUGGUACUGAUCCUCGUCUUGGCUAUUCUGGAAUGUGUGAAGACCCGUCUGUUUGUCGUGACUAUCUGCGAAAUGUUUGUAAACGUGGCAAAAAGUGCAAAUAUAAGCAUCCAUCCCCUGAAGAAUGCGAGAGGCUUCGUCGUUUCGACAAGACGUUUUGUCAUGACUUUCAAAAUUCAACUUGUCGCCGUUUGAAUUGCAAAUUUUUGCAUUACACAAAGGAAGAAGAGGAGGUGUUCCGGCGUACUGGUUAUCUACCCAAUGAUGCACAGUGGUCUCAUCGCUCAGCCUCAAAUAGUUAUGAUGAAAAAACACCAAUCUGCAAGUAUCAUUCUAUGCUUCCAAGUAAUCAAACAAAGUUCAAUGAUUUGGAUAUGGAGUCUAGUUCAUCAAUUCCUUCGCCUCGUAUUAUUACCAGCAAUAAUAAUAAUAAUCAUAAUAAUAAUAAUAACAGUAAUAGUAAUAACAACAAUAAUAAUCAUUUCAACGGGAAUUCUAAUCACACCAAUAGUAGUAACAACAACAUGACCUUGAUGAGUAAUACAGAGUCAUGUUCUUGUCAAAACUCACCACACAAACUAGACAUUCAUAGUAUUCAUAAUAAUAAUAAUAAUAACAAUAAUAGUAAUAAUAAUGAUUAUAACACAAAUAUGAACACAAUGACUGCAUGUUUUCAAAAUCAUCCACACUGUUCUUCAGGCAGAGAAUCAUUUUAUUCGCACGAUAAUAAUCCCAAUAAUGGCGGUAAUAAUAAUAAUAAUAACAAUAACAAUAAUAAUAGUAGUAGUACCACUGGUAACUCUAUUAAAUCAAUGUCUUCAAUAGAUUGUAUAUCUAAUUCUAUGCCUUCCUCAUCGGAAUACUUGAAUCCAGCUGAUGAAGAGCAAGCGAAAACAGCAGCUGCUGUCGCUGCCGCAGCAUGUAUUGGCGCUAUUUUCUCUCAACCAAUGGCUGCUGCAGCAGCAGUUGCAGCUAGUGGUGCAGCAGGUGUUGGCAACUCAGCUCCAUCAUCAGUUGCUGCAAUGCUUGGAAAUUUAAUUGGUUGUAAUGAGAAAGAUAUUAUGCAUGCUGUUCAAUCGUCAUCGACGUUAUCAUCGGCGUCGGCGUCAUCAGCAGCGGCCUCAUCUUCGUAUGCCGGAGCAUCGUUACUAUCCAACUCAUCUAGACAUAAUAAUAACUGUUCUGUUAGCAAUAAAUGUGAUUCUGAUGCUACUACAGUUAUCAACCGUUGCCCACAGCAACAGCAACAACAACAACAGAUUUCUAAAGUUGAUGAGAAAAGUUCAAACGAUGAUCAUCAAAACGAACAUGGCGGUAGUGGUGGUGGUGGUGUAGGCGUUAGUAAUAAUAGUAACAGUAAUAAUAGUAAUUCGAUGGAUCAAAAUAAUCUUCAGUCGAAUACUGUCAACAUUUCUUCAUCGUCAUCAGAUCGUUGUAAGUGUACAAAUACCUUAUUGGAUAAUAAUAAUCCACAUUCUCUUCAAGAUACAAUUACCUCAGAUUCAAGCAAUUGGUCCAGGUAA